UUUGACGUUGGCAACAUUAGCACGUUCUUUUUGCUCCGAAUUUUUUGGAGACACGUGCGUCAUAAACGCCGAAAUCUUUAAAAUAAGCCAAAAUGACUGAAGGAACUGCGACUAUUCGCACACGCAAAUUCAUGACCAACAGGUUGUUGGCUCGCAAGCAGAUGGUUUGCGAUGUUCUCCAUCCAGGCAAGCCGACCGUCAGCAAAACUGAGAUCAGGGAGAAGCUCGCCAAAAUGUACAAGGUGACUCCUGAUGUUGUAUUCGUGUUCGGAUUCAAAACCAACUUUGGUGGCGGCAAGUCCACUGGUUUCGCUUUGAUUUACGAUACCCUUGACCUGGCUAAGAAAUUCGAACCUAAACAUAGGUUAGCUCGCCACGGUCUAUAUGAGAAGAAGCGACCAACACGCAAACAGCGCAAGGAACGCAAGAACAGGAUGAAGAAGGUGCGCGGUACUAAGAAAUCUAAAGUCGGUGCGGCCUCCAAGAAGUGAUGUGGUGCAUAGGACUGUAAGUU